AUGGAUAUGAAUCCUUUACGUCAUAUCUUUAUUGUAGAUAUAAAGGGAUUGACAUGGAUGAGUGAUGCUACUUGGAAAACAAAAGUGGAUGUUUUCAAGAGAUGGGGUUGGUCUGAAGAACACAUUCAAACAGCAUUUAGGAAACAUCCAUAUUAUAUGAUGCAUUCCGAGAAGAAGAUUACAGCAGUGAUGGAUUUUCUGGUGAAUGAAAUGGGUUAUGAUUCAUUGAGUAUUGCGGAAAACCCAAAGAUUUUCCAUUCUAGCUUGAAGAAGAGGAUUAUCCCUAGGUGCUCUAUCAUCAUAAUUUUAGUCUCAAAGGGUCUGAUUAAGAAAAAAAAUCCUCUGACAUCACUUUCAGGAAUGACAGAUGAGUCAUUUUCGGAAAAGUUUGUGAAACUGUAUGAGCGAGAAGCUCCUGAAGUAAUGAAGGUAUUCCAAGGUCAAUUGAACUACGAAGAUCUGUUUCUGAAAUGA